CCACGCCUCGCACCAGGCACAACUCUCCACCACCCGCUCUGAGGGUAUUACAGCCAUGGACUCCGCGUCCAUUGUAGUGCCCUCUACUACUCCGAGCCAUAUGGCCUCCCUUCCACUCACCAAUGGGCACGUCUCGCCGGUUGCGGUAGAUGGUACGGCCACGGCCCACGCCUCUCAGCCCAGCGACAGCGAAUUGUCCGACGUCAAAGAGGCCAUCGCCGAAGCCCCGUUAUCCGACGAGGAUGCUCCUGGCGAGGAAUACGACGAAGAUGAAGGUAUGGACGUGGACUCUGGGUCGUCCGAGGACGUCGAUGCUGAAGGCGAGCCGGACGGCGACUAUGACUCCGAGACUCCGCCGCCAGAGCAGGCAGCGGUCGACCGUGUCCGCAGUUCGUCGUCUCAAGAGUCAAGAAGACCGAAGCGGAAAGCCAGCAUAGAAGAGGAUAUGGAACAGAACCCGGAGCUGUACGGCCUCCGUCGCAGUGGUCGUGCCCGCCUAAAUCGCCGCAUCGUCGAGAGCAGUGAUGAAGAGGACCUGUCUGGGUCUGACCGGCCGCGUAAGCGACAACGGACAGCCUCGCGAAAAGCAUCGAACCAACCGACACCUGUCUAUCGGUCCGGAGACUCUGAUUCUGAAUCGGACGGCUACGUUGGCGCACGUCGAAACAUCCCCAGCAAGAAGGAGCGGCAACGCCAGCUGCUCGUAGCUGAGGGUCUCGCACCCCCCUCACAUGCCGAAGUUCGAUUCUCGUCACGGCGUACAAAGCAAGUCACGAAUUAUAACGAGGAUGAGGACGAUCCGUUCGAGGAGGAGGAGGAUGACACAGCAUCCAACUAUUGGGCUAAUACACUUGAGGAGACGGGUCCUGCCAUCGAUAAAGUUCUCGAUCAUCGACCGAAGCCUGACACAGAACUUAAUCCGUAUACCGCAGAGAAGAAGGAUUUCGAAUAUCUGAUAAAAUGGCAGGACAAAGCGCAUUAUCACUCGACAUGGGAAGACUACGAUGUGAUAUCCUCGUACAAGGGCUGGCGCAAGUUGGACAACUACUUCAAGAAUUCGCUCCUCCCAGACGUGCAGUACCACGCUCGCAAGAACGAAGAUCCCGAGGAAUUCGAGCAGCACAUGGUUGCGCGUGAAGCAGAGCGCGAGACCUUGUCAGAUUUUCAUGUCGUUGAGCGCGUGAUCGAUACCCGAGAUGGCGAUGAGGAAACAGAGUACCGUGUCAAGUGGAAAGGCUUGACCUAUGAAUACUCUACCUGGGAGCCCGCUUCCUUGGUGAGCGGCCUCGCCCAAAACGAAAUUGACCGCUUCCUCGAUCGCGUGUCGAAUCGCCCCGUCUCCGACCCCAAGGAGUCUAGCCUUGCGACCCGCCGCAAGUUUGUAAAACUCGACGAGCAACCGGACUAUAUCAAGUAUGGCCAGUUGAGGUCUUUUCAGCUCCAUGGCGUCAAUUUCCUUGCACACAACUGGUGUCGGGGCACGAAUGUCAUCCUGGCUGACGAGAUGGGUUUGGGCAAGACAGUCCAGACUGUCUCGUUCAUGAACUGGCUACGGCAUGACCGUCGGCAACAGGGACCAUUCAUCUGCGUCGUUCCGCUAUCUACUAUGCCUGCGUGGGCUGACACCUUCAACAACUGGACACCGGAUGUCAACUACGUCAUUUACACUGGCCGAGAAUCAGCGCGCAAGAUCAUCCGGGACUGCGAGCUGCUCGUCGAUGGCAACGUGAAGAAGACCAAGUUUAACGUGUUGAUGACCACCUACGAAUACGUCCUCGCCGACUGGCAGUUUCUGUCGCAGCUGAAGUGGCAGUUCCUCGCAGUGGACGAGGCUCACCGACUGAAGAAUCGCGAUUCACAACUCUACGACAAGCUACAGCAGUUCAAUGCGCCUAGUCGCCUUCUCAUUACCGGAACCCCCAUCCAGAACACGCUUGGAGAGCUCUCCGCCUUGAUGGACUUCCUCAUGCCCGGGAAGAUCACGGUGGAUGAGAACGUAGAUCUGGCUUCGGAGGAUGCGAGCAGCAAGCUAGCCGAGCUUAGCGCGGCGAUUCAACCUUACAUGAUCCGGCGGACUAAGGAGAAGGUCGAGAACGAUUUGCCUCCCAAAUCCGAAAAGAUCUUACGAGUGGAGUUGUCCGACAUCCAACUAGAGUACUACAAGAACAUCCUUACUCGUAACUAUGAGGCCCUUAACGAAGGUGGCAACGGUCAGAAGCAGUCCCUCUUGAACAUCGUCAUGGAGCUCAAGAAGGCUAGCAAUCACGCUUUGCUGUUCCCUAAUGCGGAGGCAAAGUUCCUCAAAGAGAACGCCACUAAAGAGGAGACUUUGAAAGCACUCAUCACGACGAGCGGGAAAAUGAUGCUGCUGGAUCGACUCCUGGCUAAGCUGAAGGCUGACGGGCAUCGUGUCCUAAUUUUCAGUCAGAUGGUUCACAUGCUGGAUAUCCUCACCGAUUACAUGCGUCUCCGGAACUACUCGUACCAACGACUGGAUGGCACUGUACCCGCAGCUGACCGAAAGACCGCCAUAGACCACUUCAAUGCGCCGGACAGCGAUGAUUACUGCUUCCUCCUGUCCACCCGAGCUGGCGGUCUCGGGAUCAAUCUCAUGACUGCCGACACAGUCAUUCUUUUUGACUCUGAUUGGAAUCCUCAGGCAGACUUACAAGCCAUGGCACGAGCGCAUCGCAUUGGACAGCAGAAACCCGUCAGCGUCUACCGUCUCGUUUCGAAGGAUACCAUCGAAGAAGAGAUCCUUGAGCGAGCCCGCAACAAGCGCAUGCUCGAAUUCAUCACCAUUCAGCGUGGUGUCACUGAUCGUCAACAGAAAGAGCUCACCGACAAGAUAAACCGUGCUACUAAUGAGCCCAACUCGGCUGAUGACAUCAACAACAUCCUCAAGCGGCGCGGCCAGAAGAUGUUCGAGCAGUCAGGCAACCAGAAGAAGCUCGAGGAGUUGGAUAUCGAUGCUGUUCUCGAGAAUGCUGAAGAGCACAAGACAGAGCAGGCAGCUGGUCUCACCUCUGAUGGCGGUGAGGAGUUCCUCAAAAAUUUCGAAUACACCGAUGUCAAGAUCGACCUAGAGUGGGAUGAUAUCAUUCCCAAGGAUGAGCUCGAGGUGGUGAAGGCCGAAAUUCAAAACCGAAAGGAAGAGGAAGAGACGCGCAAGUUGGUUGAAGAGAACGCACCACGAAAGCGUAAAGCAGCUGCAUCCAGUGAACGCGAGCAACGUGCCGCAAAGAAGCGAGCACGUGAAGCUACGAAGCAGAUUGACGUCGAGGACGAGCAGUCUGAGGAUGACAGCGGCAACAGCGACCCCAAGCGACCGCUCAGUACGAAGGAGACUCGCAACCUCAUUCGUGCUUACGAACGCUAUGGCUCGCUUGAAGAACGUGGCGAUGAGAUGCUCCGAGAGGCGAGACUUGUCGGUCGCGACAUGGAUGUCAUCAAGACGACCCUCGACGAGGUUGUCUCUAUGAGCCAAGAUCUCGUGAAGGCAGAGCAAACGAGGCUAAAGAAUUUGGAGAGCGAGGGAAACCGAACCCUCACGAAGAAGGACAAGAAGGCCAUCCUGUUCAACUUCAAGGAAGUCAAGAAGUUGAACGCCGAAACUAUCAUCGACCGACCUGUUGAAAUGCGAAUCCUCAAAGAGGCCGUUGAUGCUACCUCUGAUUGGCGCAACUUCCGCAUUCCGGACGCAAUCAAGCCGGCAAGCUACUCCUGCCCAUGGGGAGCACGAGAGGAUGGCAUGCUCAUGGUUGGCAUUGCGCGUCACGGAUACGGUGCAUGGGUUCCGAUUCGGGACGAUCCUGACCUGGGCAUGAGCGAUAAGUUCUUCCUGGAGGAGCACCGCGUUGACAAGAAAGAAGAGCGUAGCAAGGCCGAGGAGAAGAAUGCGAAGUCACCAGGCGCUGUUCACCUCGUACGACGAGCCAAUUACCUUCUCACCGUGCUGAAGGAUAAGACGGGCGUUGAUCCAAAUGCGAAGCGACUCAUGGAGAACCAUCAUCGGAAUAACAAGAAGCACCAUCUGAGCGCUGCGCGACGGGUAGACAAGGCUUCGAGUGUCUCUGCGAGCCCCGCCCCAUCCGGACAAGCACGUAAAGUUGUCUCGCGCGAAUCGGAGCGGCCUGCUCAUCGAGCCCACAGCAUUGGUGAGAGCCGGCAGUCCGAGCGACCGGAGAGUCGCCAGCAUGACAAGGGCAGCCAGGAACCCCGACAUAGACAGAGCGACCAUUAUCGGCCUUCCGACGCUCAUCGCAAAGAGGCUCGCAACGACCGUGGCAGCGUCGACCGUCGACCUCAACAUUCAGAGCGCGGCACUCCCGAGGCUCGGCGCAAGAUUAAUGGUGACGUAGAGAAACCGCGACCUAGGGAGGACCGACCACGACCUCUAGAGGAUCGACCGCACUCGCGCGGCCACGGCCACGGCCACGGACACAGCCACCACCAUAGCCACCACGCUCACAACCGUAGCGUCGACUCGACGCCGAACAAGAGCAAAGAUAAGAAGCCGGACGACUUCGUUGAGCGACGACUUCGGCCUGUGCGUGACAAUCUUGGUCGGCUAAAGAAGGCAACCCAGAAGAACUACCCCGUCAAAGAGACGCUGGUCAAGGUUCUCAAGAUCGAGCUCAUCGCGAUUGGAAACUUCAUCCGCCAGGAGACGCGCGAUAACGUCGACUUAGAGGAGCGCUUAUGGAACUUCACGGUUACAAAUUACUGGCCGCGACAGAACAUAACGGUUCCCCAAGUCAAGGGGAUGUACAACAAGAUGCUCAGUUCUGAGAGCUCUCAGAAGACGAACGGGCAGACGAACGGGCAAACCAAUGGCUCGUAAAGGCGGCCGCAAAGCACGGGCGAGCGACGCUCGCCUCGGCCAAAACUCAUCUAUAUCGUGCCUGCAUAUAAGGCGUUUUUCGAUUUCAUGGCGGCCACAGUUUCUUGCAGCAUAGCGUAGGCGCUCGGAUUGGACAGUGGUGCGGCAAGUGUUCUUUGCUUUUUGCCCUCUUCUGCAUAGGCGGCGCUUGCUUCGACGGCGUGCGAUACAUUUGGUGUCUCUCUUUCUCAGGCGUACACACGGCACACAAAACCGGCGGGAUGGUUUGCUAGCAUUUACGACAUGGAUCCGCGAGGUCUGCAUCUUCAUAUUCUUUGAUGCGACGGCGCUACGCGGCAUCAUCUAGACAUGGCAUUUGUACAGCAACUCGAAUGACGGCAUUCUUAGGGCAGGCCUAUACGGCUAGCAGAUGUUGCUGGGUUUGAAUGGAAAC